CAGGUCGCGGACUUUGGCUUGAGCAAGGUGACCCUCUCCGGCGUUGUGCGCACCGACGACUGGGCCGGCCAGGCGCAGUACCUGGCCCCGGAGUGCCUGGACUACGAGGCGCGGCUGGCGUCGGACGUGUUCGCGUUUGGCGUGCUGCUGUACGAGCUGGCGACGGGCGGUCGUGCAUUUGGCGAGUACUCGCCGGCGCAGAUCCUGGCGGGCCGGCUGGCGGGCGACCUGACGCUGACGUGGCCGGGUGACGUGUCACCUGAUUUGCGGGCCCUGGCGGAGCGGUGCAUGCGGGAGGAUCCGGAGGGACGUCCGUCGUUCCGGGAGGUGGUGGAGGAGCUCCGGCGGCAGGUAGGUAGGGGAGGAUGGGAAGCAAGCAACGUUGUCUAA